AUGGAGGAGAUCAAGAAGGAGAGACUGUCUCCAAAAGAUGUAGAAGCACAAAAUCGGAUCAGAGGUGCGAAGCUAAUUGAUUUCUUCAAUAUUGCUAGGAAAAGGGUUGUGAUUUCUGGUGAAAUUGCAAGGAAAAUGAUAGUCAACAUGACUCACUUAAUCAUGGAUAAGGGCACUAAUGCUUUUACAUUUGAUAGAAGAGAAAAGGAGAAACAGGAAGUAGGUGGUUUAAUUGAGCGAGUGGAACGACAUGGCUUGGUUAUGAAGAGGUCAAUAGUGGAUGUCGGUGUUACGGGCUAG